AUCUUCUUAAAAUGGGAUUUUAAAACGAACCCUGACUGUAGCCCAAACCGUAACCACAUUGCUAACCUUGUGCCCUAACCUCAAAUUAAGACAAAAAAGCAACAACAAAAAAAACUAAUUUUUACGAUAUAAAUUUGGUUGACUUUGUGGCUAUGUUAUCUAGUGGACACUGGAUUUUUGAGGCAUCAUUUCACUCGCCUUAAUCAAAACGUUUUCAGACGCCUAUUAGUUAGCUAGCUAAAAGAAAGCUAUGCAUAUUUACUUCUGUGGCAGUAUUCGUGGAGGAAGACAGGAUGUGGUUAUUUAUCAGAAAAUUGUGCAGAAACUACAGAAAUAUGGAGAAGUUCUGACGGAGCACGUGAGUCACUGUGAUCUGUCAGAUAAAGGCGAGGAUGCUGUGCAGGAUGGAGAAAAGUUUAUCCAUGACCGAGAUAUGGAAUGGCUUGAGAUGUCUGAUGUGAUAAUAGCUGAAGUGACACAGCCCUCUCUUGGAGUUGGAUAUGAGCUGGGAAGGGCAAUGGACAUGCACAAGAAGAUCCUCUGUCUUUUCCGGCCCUCCUCUGGAAAAUCACUGUCUGCCAUGAUCAGAGGGGCAGUUGAUGGGUCCCUGUUCCAGGUGCAAGAUUACAAAGAGGAGGAGGUGGAGGGCAUCCUGGAAGAAUACUUCAACGGACUCGUCAAAGUCUGUACAUCUAAGGUGCCUUCAAAAGUAUAAGAAGAUAUAUGGUUAUGAUUCCCGCUUUGCUGAUCUACGAGUUUCUCAAUUAAGGACCUAUGUUUGUCAAAAAUGGUUAUGAAUAAAAACAAUUGUAAAGAU